AUGAACUUUGACCAGAAGGCCGUGAAGUUCCUGGCGAACUUCUACAUCAAUGGAGGCAGACACUGGACCCACGGGCCCCUGAGGCCGACACCGCUCCUGCUCCCGCAACCCGUACACAGGACCGUGGUGCUGCUGAAUCUGAAGCACCAGCCCAGGGAGGAGGCCUGGUUCCAGCAGUCGGCUGGGCCCAUGCAGCAGAUGGUCUCCUGGCCCGUCACCACCCAGGUUCUGCAGAAGCAGUUGCUGGGCCAGAGACCUCCCAUCCUGAUAGACCCGGAUGUCCCCGGCCCUACCACGUACAAGGUGCCUGAUGCGUCCAUCCGAGAGCCCUCCUCACACCCCCACUUCAGUAUUGGCCACAGGCCCCCCACCCAUGAGAGGCGAGGCAGCAGGGUGUGGCAGGGCCAGUGGCUGCAGAGCGAGAGCCCCUUCUUGCAGAGCACUGCCCUCCUGAAGGAGCCGAAGGAGAGCCCGUGGUCACCUGCCUUCGUGAACCACUCGACCCCCUUUGCCUCCGGGGGCCGCUCCUGCUCCUGGUCUUCUCUCUCAGCAGCCUGCACCCCUGGCCCUGCCACCUACCGCACAGAGGACCAUGACAAGAUGCCCUUUCCCUCGGCGCCCGGGGUGGUCAUCCAGGGUGUGCAAAGACCCAAGCCUCAAGACAAAAAUGUUUCCUGCACCACCUAG